AGCAUGCCGAUGUUCGUGGUGAACACCAAUGUCCCCCGCGCUUCCGUGCCGGACGGGCUCCUUUCCGAGCUCACUCAGCAGCUGGCGCAGGCCACCGGCAAGCCGGCCCAGGUUUGCCAGGAGAGAACAGGGAGAAGGGUACAUCGCGGUGCACGUGGUCCCUGACCAGCUCAUGGUCUUCGGCGGCUCCAGCGAGCCGUGCGCGCUCUGCAGCCUGCACAGCAUCGGCAAGAUCGGCGGCGCGCAGAACCGUUCCUACAGCAAGCUGCUGUGUGGCCUGCUGGCCGAGCGCCUGCGCGUCAGCCCUGAUAGGAUCUACAUCAACUACUACGACAUGAACGCGGCCAACGUGGGCUGGAACAACUCCACCUUCGCUUGAGGGCCGCGCUGGCCCUACCCGCCUGCACCAAGGCCCUGCUGCCCGCAGUAUUGUGCCCGCUUCGCCCCCAGCGACCCCCACCUCCAGGUCCGGAGAAAUAAACGGUUUGGAGGCUG